AUGAUCGAAUUGAGUGUUCCUUUGACACCGUACGAUAUAAAACCCAAAAAUGUCGCCCUCACCAACCAAUGGACGACUACCCCGUCACAACAUCCGGUUACCUUCCAGCCUCAAACCAAGCCCCAGACCACCUCCAGGACAACUCCUCCUUCAUCACUCUCCAUCGUUCCAAACUCAAACAACAUCGUGCCCAUCAUGCCAAAUCCUCAUCUUGGUCGUCAAGAUCUUCCAAAUCUCCAGCGUGAUCUACUAACGGCUUUGAAAACCCAAGACCCUCAUGGUUUGACGAACUUCGAGCGUCAAUUCUCCAAAUUUGUGCUUGACUUCGAAAGAGAUAUCCCAAUAAACUCACUCUCUGCGGACGAACUCAAAGCUCAUUACUGCUUCAGCCACAAUGUUUGUAUCGCAUCAACGCUGGCUCAACAGGUUCAGCUGGCCAUGGAUGAGAUAUGUGACGACUUCUCUCAGCAGUUGAGCUUCCUGGCUCCACUGGCCGAUGUAUCGCCGGCCGCCUCGUCGCCGCCAUCCAAAGAACCCGUCGUCGAAGAUAACGGCAGUCCAUCGACCUCUCACACAAUCCUCAAGAACUGGAGUCAAACCCGCUUGUCGUACCUCUUCCCAUCUCCGCUCGAGCUCAAAGAGCUGGUAUCCCACACCUCCAUGAGCGAAACGAAGUUGAACUCUUGGUUUCGCAAUGCUCGCAGCCGAUCGGGCUGGGCGAAGCUAUACGCGCUCAAGCCCGAUGUCAAUAAAAACCAGGAGAAGCUUCAGUCGCUUAUCGAUGAAUACCAGUCCCUCAAACGUCUGAACACCCCCGAAGAGUUCAAGAAGAUCGUAGCAGCGCACGAGACCUACCAGCUUCUGGAGAAGAUCUUCAAAUGGUUCGCCACCACCAAGGAAACCAAAGCCGCCUUAUCGACACCCAAAGCCGUCAAGCCAUGGAUCAAGGACGUUCUCAGCAGCACCCUCAGCUCCUUGAAGCAAGGCGCAACUGGUGUCUUGGACUCGUCCAAGCAACUCCUACCAUCCUUCUCCUCAAGAGGUACCACUCCGAGCUCCACCACGACCUCUUCGCCCACCGCUUCCUCGCCGCACACCGCGUCUACUGCUCCCACGUCGGUCGCCAGCUCUUCCAGUGACCGAUCGGACUCGCCGGAACUUUCCCCUCGCCCUGCAUCAUUAUCAACCUCUUCUUCCAGCCCCGUCAUCUCUUCUCCCAACCUCCUCCCCGCACCCUCAUCCAUCCCCAACCCUCCUUGCACUGAGCUGCCGGCCGACCUGCUCAAAUUCCUCUCCAACCUGCCAAAAGCAUCGACAUCUUCGCACAGCCCUGCCAUCUCACUUUCACAGAUCUCACCCGAACCGCUACCCCCCUCCAACCCCGCUUGCGACCUGUUCUCAGCCGCCUCCCUGGCCUCUUCCUCCAGUCUCCCAGCACAGCCAAGCGCAUCGCUCGAACCUGCCCUGUUACCCUCCGCCCUCCCGCCUGCACCUUCGGCCUGCCCCAUCCCCUGGAACAGCAGUCGGCCGGCCCCCUGCUCCGACUCCUCGAGUCGCCCGUCCUCGUCGUCGUCCAUGCCCAGCUCGGUCGUCUCAUUCACCAGCAACGCAUCUGCACCCGCCGGCAUGCCCGCCUCGGCGGACAAGAUUUACAUGCAUCCCUGGGUCAACCCGCUGCUGCCACGCUCUGCCCGCCCAUCCCGAUCAGGCUCAUCGGGUAGCCUUCAACGAUGCGAGCAUCUGGGAUCAGUCUCUCCUUUCUUCUGGAACAGCCCCGAGCAGUCGCCCUUCGCAUCGCCCCGCUGCCAGGCCUCCCAGCUCCCCCAAAAAUCAAUCCCCUCGGCACAGCCUCCUUUCCAGUUCGUGCUCCCCCAAACCCGGCCCAUCGCUCUGACCAUCCUCUCGUCUAGUCCCACCGAGCCUGUUACCGACGAAAGGCCCUCGUCCUCUCACCCUUCCAUCUCCUCCGCGCUCUCGAAAAAAACAACACAGUCUUGUCUCUCCGGACAAUUCGACGAUGCCCCUGAAGACCUCUAA